AAUCUGAAAUGGCUGAUUUGUUGUGAGAGGAAAAUACUGUUUAGUAGCUGAUAAGCCGGCUGAAUAAGCUGAAGCGAACAGCUCCAGCCAAACUGGUGAAAUAAAAGGUGUGACACUGCGAUCACACCGGACACAGCUAGCACACUCUUCAGUUAUAAAACUUGAGGCCAGAAAGGGCACGGCACUUCUCCGCGGAAGCCAUCGCUGGUCACCGUGUCCGCCCACCGGCCGCACCCCGGAUGGCUUCCCGCGACGCAGCCGCCGACGAGGUCGCCGUCGAGCUCCUGCCGUUCAUCCGCCUCUACAAGAGCGGCCGCAUCGAGCGCCUCAUCGUCGACGACACGGUCCCCGCCUCCCUCCACGACGCUACCACCGGCGUGGCCUCCAAGGACGUCACCAUCGACCCCGCCAACAACGUCUCCGUCCGCCUGUACCUGCCGCCGGCGGCGGCCGGCGCCGGCGGCAAGCUGCCCGUGGUCGUGUACUUCCACGGCGGCGGCUUCAUGGUCGAGUCGGCCGCCUCCGUCAGCUACCACCGCUACCUCAACGCGCUCGCGGCGCGCGCCGGCGCCGUCGCGGUGUCCGUGGACUACCGCCGCGUGCCCGAGCACCGGCUCCCCGCGGCCUACGACGACUCGUGGGCGGCGCUCGCGUGGGCCGUCGCCGCCGUCUGCGGCGGCUCCGCGCCCGGCGGGACGACGCCGGAGCCGUGGCUGGCCGAGCACGGGGACCCCACCCGGGUGUUCCUGGCAGGGGACAGCGCGGGCGCCAACAUCGCGCACAACGUCGCCAUGCGCGCCGCCGCCACCGGGGGCCUCCCGGCGGCGAUCCGGGGCGUGCUGCUGGUGCACCCCUACUUCUGGGACGCUUCGGACGCCAUGGGGCCCGCGCUGGAGGAGCGCAUCCGGCGCGAGUGGCGGUUCAUGACCGGGAACCCCGGCGCCGCGGUGGACGACCCGAGACUGUCCCCGACGUCCGCGGGGGCGCCGCCGCUGGCGCUGCUGCCGACUGCGCGCGUGCUGGUGGCCGUGGCGGGGGUUGACUUCCUGGCGACGAAGGGGCGCGCGUACCACGCGGCGUUGCUGGCCAGCGGGUGGAGCGGCGAGGCCGAGCUGGAGGACACGCCCGGGGUGGACCACGUCUUCCACCUCGUGCGGCCGGGGACGGAGGCGGCCGAGAAGCUGAUGGAUCGUGUGGUGGCUUUCAUAGCUCGUGCUUGAUGGCACGCCAAAGUCCCGAUGCGAACUUGCGUGAUCCGUGUCAAUGUGGAAUGUGGAUGUGGACAAAUAAAGGAGUUGGCUUCAACUUUUUUUUUUGCUUCAACUUUAAAGGGGUGACAAGGUGUUGUUUUUCGUUGGGAUUGUCUACACAGUUUUUUAUUUCCGUCGGACCAA